AAUGACGGACCAUGGACGCUAGCGUGGAAAACAACGUGAAGGCAGUCAGGAGGAGUAAAGAGGACAAGAAAGUUCUUCGUAAACAGAUUAAAGCCAGUCACACUCUGCUGAAACAUGAAGGCAUCACGACAGCAUCGCAGCCUACAAAGAGUUUGGUGGUGGCUAAUGGAGGCCUGGGGAACGGCGUUAGUCGAGAGGAACUGUCUGCAGCGCUGAAAGAGAUGGGAGAGGUGGACAUACUGAUCAUGCCCCCUCAGAAGCCCUACGCUUUUGUCACAUACAGAUCUGAGGAGAGUGCUCGGAAAGCUCACAUCCACCUCAACGGGGAAAAGCUUCAAUGCAGAGAGAGCAAUGUUACACUCUACCUUAGUUAUGUUGACUCAGUUACGUGUAAAGAGGAGACAGCCGUUCCUUUGCCAGAGGGAUUAGUCUUGGUGGAGGAUUUUGUGUCUCCGGAGGAAGAGAGUCUGCUGCUCGCUGCUAUUGACUGGUCAUCUACUAAUGAUGAUGUCACUGCUCAAAAAGCUCUGAAGCACAGAAGAGUCAAACAUUAUGGCUUUGAAUUUCGCUACGACAACAACAAUGUGGAUAAGGAUAAACCAUUAGCUGCAGGCAUUCCUCAGGAGUGUCUUCCUGUUCUGGAGCAGUGUGUGAAGAGCAAACACAUCAACAUUAUGCCAGACCAGCUGACUGUCAACCAGUAUGAGGCUGGACAGGGUAUUCCUCCUCACGUGGACACUCACUCUGCCUUCGAGGACACCAUCCUGUCACUGAGUCUGGGGGCAAAGACAGUGAUGGAGUUUCGUCACCCCAAUGGUCGUCUUGUUGCUGUGGUGUUGCCAGGACGCAGCCUCCUGGUGAUGAGGGGAGAGAGCAGAUACCUGUGGACCCACGGGAUAACUCCUCGGAAGUUUGACACAGUGCCGGCCUGCGACCCACAAUCCCUUGCUCAUACAACGCCUGACAUUGGGACUCACAGCAAUCUCACUCUGAGCAAGAGGGGCACCCGUACUUCUUUCACUUUCCGCAAGAUCAGACAUGAACCCUGCUGUUGUGCCUUCCCCUCUGCCUGUGACAGUCAGGGAGCUCCCUCAGCACCCUCUCCGCCGUCUCCUCCCUCACUACCCUGUUGCCAUGCCGACGCAGCCCUCCUGGAGGAGGAGUACGUGCACCGGGUGUACGACGCCAUCGCCUCCCACUUCAGCAGCACCCGGCACUCCCCCUGGCCUCGCGUCUGCGACUUCCUGUCGUCACUCCCACCUGCCAGCGUGCUGGCUGACGUGGGCUGUGGAAACGGGAAAUACCUGGGUGUCAACCCAGAGGUGAUAGCAGUUGGCUGUGACCGUAGCAGCGCUCUUGUCCAAAUCUGUGCAGAGAGGGGUUUCCAGGCGUUCAUAUCUGAUGCUCUCAGCGUCCCUCUGCGAUCAGCCUCCUGUGACGCCUGCAUCUCUAUAGCUGUCAUACACCACUUCUCCACACAGGAGCGUCGGCUGGCAGCAGUGAAGGAGCUGGUGAGACUUCUGAAGCCUGGAGGUCGAGCGCUCAUCUACGUUUGGGCUUUUGAACAAGAGUACAACAAGCAGAAGUCCAAGUACCUCAAAGACCAGAACAAAGAGCAUCCUGAGAACCACAUCUCCACUGAGAACACACCAGGAGACAGCCAGGGACCUCGCGGGACUUAUGGCAAACUUAGCGUGCACACCAACCGCACAGCCUUCAACACCAAGGACCUGUUGGUUCCCUGGCACCUGAAAGACGGGAAGAAACGAGUGGAGGAAGAGUCAGGAGAGGGUGGGAAGAAGGAUAAGAGGAAAGAGAAGUCCAAAAAGACUUCAGGGAACACCUGCUCAGACUGUAAUUCGAGUUCCAAAUUAGACUCUACGCUUGACCCCAGUCCUGACUCCAACAUGUCCUCUGGAUCAGGCCUUGUCACCAGUGAUGCCACUCACAGCCCAGACUCCAAACCUAGUCCAAGCGGUGACACAAGCAAGACCUCUGCUCUGAAGUCUGAGAGCAGCCCAGCGCCUGUUUUUCACCGCUAUUACCACGUGUUCCAGCAGGGGGAGCUGGAGCAGCUGUGUGGUCAGGUGACUGGAGUCAAGGUGCAGAGCAGCUACCAUGAUCAGGGAAACUGGUGUGUUAUAUUAGAGAAGGACUGACACACUUAUAAUUUAGGAUGUAACUAAUUUAGUUACAUCACACAUAUUCUAACUAGUGUAAACAAAGAAUAAAUUACAGGAUCUUUUAUUUAUUAAAAUGCAAAAAGGUGAAGAGACAAGUGCCAUUAAAUAAAUUCACUGAUUUUACAAAAUGCUUGCCUUUGUUGUGCUCUUACUUCUUGCAUCAUUCUCAGAAAAGUUUAACAGUGACACAGCCUGAACAGUCCUACAGUCCACUAGUGCUGAAAGUUAAUGUAAAUAAAUAAACCUAGACUUUGAGGAGAAUGUUAAAAGGAAAUUGUAAACAUACUCUGGUUUUGUGUAACGCAAUGAUACAAACAAGGCUUUCUGCGAGUCUCCAGACUACACACAUUGUACAGUGGGCUGCCAACAAUAAUCUUAAUCUCACUGCUUUGCAUCUUCCACUAUCUUUGACCUCAGUGUCUGCUCUCAAUUCACUGAGCAGUAACUAAGCUGUAAACGGCGUGUGCCCGACCUUUUCAAGUUAAAGGGCGAAUGUGUAACAUGGCAUUUCAGGCUGUGGGGGGGGGAUUUGUUCACAUUCAUGAAGCAGAGUUUAUAUAUAUAUUUUUUUUCUUUUCAAACGUGUCUGAUAGAGGUAGCACCUCUGAUAAAUUAUUGUCCAAGCAUGUAUUGUUAAAAAAGGUUAAUGUGCAGCACUUCAUUGUAGCAGAAAACCCUAACCAGGGACCGGGGUUG